AUGUUAGCCGUACGGUUCGUUGUUGUGGCUUUUGCUUUGGCUGCUGCUGAGAAGAUGCAAGCGCCUUCCAGCUUCAUGCUGGUAAGUGGUGUCUCUUCACCGCGAGAGAUGUGUCUAGUCGGGAUGGGCCCAGCGGGUGCUUUAUUGGACGAGUGCACGGCUGCACUUGCAGAGCUGGACGGACGUGAGGUUUGGAGUUUCACAGGCAGUGGCUCCUUGACGAAUUUAGCUGCAAAAAAGUGUUUGGCCGCGCAGCCUGAUGCUGCUGCUGGGAGUGCUGUUGAGCUAGCGCCUUGCGAUGAAGCAGGGAAGAGUUCAACCUGGGAGUUGCAGGCCAACGGACAAAUAAAGCUUGGGGCCAGCAACAUGUGCCUGAGCCAAGCAGGGCCUUCGCCUGGCCGUGCAGAUCUUGCCUCUAGCUCCGCAGUUGUUGCUAGCUCCACAUUGGACCCUGCGCACGGAGCUGCCCUUGUUGUUGAUGGUCUCGCAUCAUCCUAUUGGGUAUCCAAGUUAGACGAAGCAGGCCCUGUGUCUUUGCUUGUGAUGAACAAAGCGCAUGCGACCCAAGCCGUGCUGGGAGGUCAUUCCAUCUUUGGGGUACGUUCCUUCAAGGUCCUUGCCCCACUGAUGCGCCCGGUUGUGGAGCCUUGCGUGGUGGCGGCCAAGAGCAGUGAUGCUCGAGACAAAUAUUUUGCCGUGGCCGUCGGCUCCUUUGAUCCUUCGUCUGGUGCGGCGCUGCGGUCGGAGCUUCCUGCUUUGGACUCUGCCGGCGCAGCAGUUGCCGCCGCAGUGACGGAGCUUGCAGAAGCAGUCCCAAAUGCGCGUGCAUGCAAGAAAGGCGCUGCCUUCAAGUCAAGGGCAGGACGCCGCCAGACAGUAUCAUCCACUCGCAAGAGUCUUCGAGGAGCAGAAAUUGGCGAGCAGGAAGCUUUGUUUGUCGAGGCCAAGAAAACCAUCAUCGUUUGGAGUCUCACAGGCAGUGGCUCCUUGACGAAUUUAGCUGCGAAAAAGUGUUUGGCCGCGCAGCCUGAUGCUGCUGCUGGGAGUGCUAUUGAGCUAGCGCCUUGCGAUGAAGCAGGGAAGAGUUCAACCUGGGAGCUGCAGGCCAACGGACAAAUAAAGCUUGGGGCCAGCAACAUGUGCCUGAGCCAAGCAGGGUCUUCGCCUGGCCGUGCAGAUCUUGCCUCUAGCUCCGCAGUUGUUGCUAGCUCCACAUUGGACCCUGCGCACGGAGCUGCCCUUGUUGUUGAUGGUCUCGCAUCAUCCUAUUGGGAAUCCAAGUUAGACGAAGCAGGCCCUGUGUCUUUGACGCUUGAAUUUGACAAAGCGGCGCCUGUGCUCGAAGUAGAGCUUGAUUUUGAAUUUGCCCCUUCUUCUUUCGUGCUGCAAAGCUUGGGGGCAAGUGGUAAAUGGAUUGACGAGUUUGCAACUGACACCAACAUCCUUCGAACCGCCAAGCUCCCACUGGCCGGUGGCCCGGCCUAUGGCGUGAGGCUUGUGAUGAACAAAGCGCAUGCGACCCAAGCCGUGCUGGGAGGUCAUUCCAUCUUUGGGGUACGUUCCUUCAAGGUCCUUGCCCCACUGAUGCGCCCGGUUGUGGAGCCUUGCGUGGUGGCGGCCAAGAGCAGUGAUGCUCGAGACAAAUAUUUUGCCGUGGCCGUCGGCUCCUUUGAUCCUUCGUCUGGUGCGGCGCUGCGGUCGGAGCUUCCUGCUUUGGACUCUGCCGGCGCAGCAGUUGCCGCCGCAGUGACGGAGCUUGCGGAAGCAGUCCCAGAUGCGCGUGCAUGCAAGAAAGGCGCUGCCUUCAAGUCAAAGGCAGGACGCCGCCAGACAGUAUCAUCCACUCGCAAGAGUCUUGGAGGAGCAGAAAUUGGCGAGCAGGAAGCUUUGUUUGUCGAGGCCAAGAAAACCAUCAUCGCCGCUCGCAGCAUUUUGCAAUGA